GAGACCCGUAAUUGCCUAUAUAAUCCUUAGAAACCCUAGAAAUCUCAACCUAUUAACAGUCAUCUCUCUCUCCUCCUCUCUGUGUAGUAGCUCCUCCUGCUUAAGGAAAAUCACAAAAAGACUUAUCAAUGGCAGUCACAUUCCAUGACAUCAACUCGGCUGUUGGCCUGAAGAAAUUGGAUGACUACUUGCUUGCCCGCAGUUACAUCACUGGCUAUGAAGCUUCAAAGGAUGAUCUCAUUGUCCAUGCAGCUCUUUCAAAGCCUCCAUCAUCAGAAUUUGUGAACGUGUCUCGGUGGUACAACCAUAUCACUGCACUUCUUAGGAUUUCUGGUGUUUCUGGACAAGGCUCUGGUGUCAUUGUUGAGGGAUCUGCUCCCAUCACAGAGGAAGCUGUUGCUACACCUCCUGUGGCUGAUACAAAGGCCUCAGCUGCUGAAGACAGUGAUGAUGAUGUGGAUCUGUUUGGCGAAGAGACUGAAGAAGAGAAGAAGGCUGCUGAAGAGCGUGCAGCUUCCAUCAAGGCAUCUACAAAAAAGAAAGAAUCUGGAAAGUCAUCAGUCCUGUUGGAUGUGAAGCCAUGGGAUGAUGAAACUGACAUGAAAAAACUUGAGGAGGCAGUAAGAAGUGUUCACCUUGAAGGCUUGCAUUGGGGAGCAUCCAAACUUGUAGCUGUUGGGUAUGGAAUAAAGAAGUUGCAAAUAAUGCUAACAAUUGUUGAUGACCUGGUCUCUGUUGACACUCUUAUUGAGGAACAACUUACUGUUGAACCAAUUAAUGAGUAUGUCCAGAGCUGUGACAUUGUAGCCUUCAACAAAAUAUGAUUGGAGCAUGGAGUGUUCUAGUGUGAGAGGGGUUGCUAGGAAGAUAUUUUAUAUCUGCUCGUAUCUUGUUUCUUGGGGCAUGAUGUGAGACUUUAUAUUAUCUUUGGUUAUGAUGUAUUUUAGCAUUCCUUUCAUGAAUAAUAUGCCAGUCCUUUGUAGGUGCUUGCUAAACCCAAAUGCAAGUGUCGUGCAAUAGUAAAUCUUGUAAGUCGAGUACUGUAUUCACAAAGA